GCUUCAAGCAUGCUAUAUUUAAGUUGAUUCCCGUCAGUAUCGGACAUAGAAAUUGUUUACAAGACGAAGUAAUCAGAAGCUAUGGCUUUGAAAUCCGAUCUGAUAUGGGACAAAAUGAAUGAACGUCUUGCUCUUGUCGAUCGCGGUAAGCGAUCAUUCAAGAUUAUUUUGUUCGUUCAUCUGCUCAAGAACGAAGAGCUCGCAAAGAGUGUUGUUCUUGAUUUCGAUAAGUUGAAAAUUGCUGAAAUUGAAUUGGGAGCAAUGAGUAACGACGAAUAUCCAACUGAACGCAUUGACGGCAGUUUAACGAUUGAUGAUAACGACUUCUAUUCGGUGAUUACGAAGCAAACAACGUUUGCAGCUAUUAUCGAACAGGGCAGCGCAAAGAUCACAGGAGAGAAGGAGAUUUUCAUAAAAUUAGACGAGAAGUUUCGGACCCAGAAAUAAAAAAAAGCACAUCAAAAUUAAUCCAGCACAUAAUUAUAUCCAGUAAAACUUCCCAAAAUAAUCGAUAACGCAUUCAUUAUGAACUUUCGCUUUAGUCACUUUAGUUUAGUAAUUGAAACACACUAGUCGAAAAAAACUAGUGAUCCGAAGAACAUUUUCUUUAUCGAGGUCGACAACUCCUUUCUAAAGAUGGACAAACCGUUCAUGAGCUGUUCAAAAGAACUCGUUCACCAAAAAGAGUGAACAAAUGGUCGUUCUAUCUUACUGGGCAGCAGUUUAUAUGAACUGUGUAUACAGUUCUGAACAAACUGUGUACGAUGAUCAGUUUACAAGUGGAAGGAGAACCAACGAAUGAUGGAUGAACAGUGCAGCAAGGUGAUAACAAACGAUAGACAAAACAAAAGUUUUCGGUAUUGUUUUUUUUCAAAAUAAAACAAAAUAAAACAAAUAAUAGCUAGCAACAUUUGAGGAUACGUUGGUUUUCAAAUUGGAUUGUUGAAUUGUUUAUCAAAUGAAAUUUUAUCUUCCUAUUUCUAAGUUGAGGGUAAAAUGAUGAAUAUUUCAGUAAUUUGAGCGUAGCUUUUAUUUAAACAAAAAACAAUAAUUAUAUCAAUGAGUUAAUCAAAUAUAUAUAUUCGCCGCAGUUCAUUUUUUUCCGCCAAUUCACGACUGGUUUGGCGUCCGUUCUCCUUCAAAAGUGAUUCGAAACGUUCAUCGAAUUCAGAAGGAGCGUGUCAAACUCGUCAUUUUUGAACUUUGCAAAUUGUUACCGUGCUGUAGACCUUCUCCAUACACGUCGCAUACACGGACUGCUUCGGCAGCUUUUUGACCUCGAUGAAAAGCAAGGAAUAGCAGGUGUCGAAAAUGUUGAUAUCCUGGAGCCUUCUGGAUAUUAAACAACUCAAAAAUACAAUUAACAAUUGUAGAGCAGAAAGAGCUCUAUCGAAUGAAUGCUUACCCUUUGCCAAACAGCAAACAAAUCGUUGUAAAAUAAAAUAGAUGUAAAAACGCUACGAACUUAUUCCACAACCCAAUACUUUACCAGGAAAAGACCGUUGUAAGCAGAAAAAUUUAAAUUUAACUGUCCUACAUAACAUAGCACACUUAUUUUUCACACUUGCUUUGACAUUUCCUUUCGUUGUACGAAAGAGCGUGUGAACCGUUCGAAAGAACCAAAUAACUUGAGUGAAGAACCGUUCUUUAAAGUGAACCCACCUCUACUGCUCCACCAAAACAUAGGUAAUAGGUAACUUGGUAAAAAUAAGAACUGUCCGGAUAGUUCAACAACAUAACAAUUAUAAACUGAGUAGAAAACACGUAGUGUCUCGACAUGUCGCAUUAAAUGUAAAUUACUGUAUAUAUUUUCAUUGAUGUUAGCAUUAUCAUGAUAAACACGUAUCAUCAUGAUAAACGCAAAAAUUUAAUUGAUCAAAUUACGAAUGAAUAAUGUAUGUACGCUUAAAAUGCAACAUAAAAAUAUGUUUUCUGAAUAAA